AACUGUCGUCCUAGGAAACAAAAUGGCCGCCGAACUGUUUAUCCUCGUGUUUGUCAGCAAAUAAACACAAAAGAAAAGCAGAUACUGUACCUCAGUUCAAACCAUUUCCUUUCCCUAGGACAAUGGCUACAAAUCCGUCAGGGAAUCCUGCAUUAGUUAAGCUCCCUCCCAUCCCACAAGCCCCAGCCAGUCUCCUCACUGGAUCUGGUAACACUCCAACAGCUACUGGUAGAUAUGAAGGAAGCUCACUCUAUAAUUAUAGAAGAAGCAAGAAAGUUCAAGCAGCCAUAUCUAACCUGCUUGAGGAAAGAGCUACAAAGAGUUUAUUAUCAACUGCACAGUUCAAUAGAAGGAAAGCAGGACAGCAGAAAAAUGAGCCUGAGCUGUCUGAUACUGUUAUGAGCAAGGAAAGAAAGAUAAGGUUAAAUUAUGAGUUCCUUCGUAAAUGUGUUUCGUCAGCUCCUGUUACUCCAAUGCUGCCAGAGAUGUGGAAACACAUCCUCUCAUAUAUCUCAUCCCGCUAUCUCUCUCACCCUCUCUCUAAACCACUCCUGCCUCAGUUGUACAGUGAAAUCAGUAGCAGCUAUGAAGAUACCAUCAGAAAAACCACUAUUCGUAUGACAUUGGUCAAGCCAUCAGUCAGUGGAUUGGAUCCAGAGCCACCACUUUACCUCGAACCCUUGGGUCUUGAUUUCUCUACUACAUGGCGUGAUAGAUAUGAUUCAUCUGUAAGAACUCUAUCAUCAGUUCUGCAUGUAACGCAUCCAGUAAUGCCUGCACUGUUGUCUUUAUGGGAACAACAGAAUGUGAAGCAUCUAGUGGAAUAUUCUAAUAUCAGGUCAAAGUGCCCAAUGGAGCUUGAGAAUUUUCGUAACAUGAUACUAUUAGAUGUGCAGCAUGCUGAAGAGAAGCUAAUGAAUUCCUGGUACAGUAAAGUGAUAUCAUUGUUCAGUGGCGAUGAUAAACUGGUACGCAACAAGCCACAAGAACAAACAGAGACAUUUUAUGAGUCUGUUAGUACUCUCAUUGGCAAUCAAAUUAGGUCAUUACUUACUAAUACACUCCAUUCUUUUGUGAGCAUAUUUGAUGCUGCGAACACUGCCCACCUUCCAAUCUUUAGACUAGAGCUCUGUCUUGAAGAUGAUACUAUAUUCUUCUUUCCUAGUGUAAAUGACUUUGAGUCUGCAAUUGAUUUUAUUAUAAGCACAAUAUCAAAGGCUUUGCAAGAAGUAGGACAGAUACAGCAUUGGUUGGCUGGCACGUCCCCUUGUCCUUCCAUUGCAGCUAACGUUGAUGAGCAGAUAUUAUCAUCAGUCACUAACAAGUUAAAAGAAGCUUUGAAAAGAGAGUUAGAAGGACCAAUGGAGCACAGAGCAUCAUACAGUAAGUAUGAGUUUCUGAUAAAUGGUCAAGGAGAGAGAGAGGUCAAUACUUUCCUUAGUGAAGACCACACACUAGAUGAAUAUAAGAAGGAGAUUGAGAAGUUCAGUAGCUUAGCUCAGGAGAUAUUUGGAUUGCAUGAUCUUGUCAUAUUUCAAAUGUUCCACUUGGAGUGUCAUGACAUCAAGAGAGGAAUGAUAUCUCAAUCGCAAUCAUUCGCUAACAAGAUCAUCAAUCAGUUAGCUCAACUUCAUAUCAACAAAAACAAGAAGAUCACUGAUGAUUAUGAGACAUUCAAAGACACUGCACUGAGAGUGCCUGAGGACUCAAGGGAGAUAAUGGACCUCAUUGAAUACAUGAAUGAGGCUCAGUCUAAACUAGUAGUAGACCUCAGGAAUGAUGUUCAGGACUCGCUGAAGCGUCUCCUUUAUUUAUUGACAGUUUAUUCAUUUACUGAUGAUGACAGAGAACUGAACAAUACUACACUGACAUGGCCUCAGAAACUAGCACCAAUCUUUGAACAAAAUGAACAAAUGAUUGAAGAAUCAAAAAACCGCGGUGAGAAAGAGUUGAAAGAAAGACAAGAGAAGGUUCAAAUUGAAAUAGAAAAGUGUCACCAACGCGUAGAAGAACUAUCAGAAUUCUCAGACAUCAAUAACGUGAUACAUUACUCGAAAGACGUGACUCAAAUACAUAACAGACUGACUGAGAUACAGGCACAAAUCAACAAGAUCAACAAAGAAGAGGAACUCUUCAAAUGGAUACCAACCACCUACCCUCAGCUUGAUCAAAUUCGAUCAUCACUUGAUCCUUAUCAGAAAUUAUUCACAACCAUACUGAAUUGGCAGAAGGCUGAGAAGAAGUUGAUGGAUGGUGCUUUCUCUGAGCUGAAAGCUGAAGAAACUGAAGCUGAGGCUGACGAGUUUGGCCGAGAGAUGUACAAACUGUUUAAAGUUUUCAACACGAAAUCAAAACAAAUGAAGAAAGACAGAGAUGUAGGAGGAGGAAUGCGUAGAGACCAGCCAGAAGAAGAAGGUGAAGUGUUUGCUCCAUUGAAGUUAUCAAAGACAGUCCUGGAUCAGGUCAAUCAGUUCAAGGAGUUCCUACCAACCAUUCACAUACUCUGUAACCCUGGACUCAGGCAACGCCACUGGGACAAAAUGUCAGAGAUUGUUGGUUUCAAUAUAACGCCUGAUUCCGGUACUUCAUUGCGUAAAGUUCUCAAGUAUAAUCUUGAAUCCUACAUGGAGGAGUUUGAGGCAAUCAGCGCUGCUGCCAGCAAGGAGUUCAGUUUGGAGAGGGCAAUGGAUAAGAUGGUUGACGAUUGGGAUGAAAUCAUAUUCAAUACAACCUCAUACCGUGACUCUGGCAUAUCAAUACUGACAGCAGUGGAUGAUAUACAGACUAACCUUGAUGACCAGAUUGUGAAGACUCAAACAAUGAGAGGAUCACCUUUCAUUAAACCGUUUGAAGCAAGAAUAAAGGCAUGGGAGGAGAGGUUAUUGAAGAUGCAGGAUACACUUGAUGAAUGGUUGAAGGUUCAGUCCCAGUGGCUGUAUCUGGAGCCUAUCUUCUCCUCUGAAGACAUCAUGCAACAAAUGCCUGAAGAAGGAAAACUAUUCACACAGGUUGACAAAACUUGGAAGGAAGUUAUGCGUAACACAGUAAAGGAUCCUAAAGUACUCAAAGCCACUGCCUAUCCAGGACUGUAUGAGAAGCUGUUUGGUAGCAACGAGCUCCUUGACAAGAUACAGAAAGGGCUCAAUGCUUACUUGGAGAAAAAGAGACUCUAUUUCCCUCGAUUCUUUUUCCUCUCGAACGAUGAGAUGCUUGAGAUAUUAUCAGAGACUAAAGACCCAACUAGGGUACAGCCUCAUCUCAAGAAAUGCUUUGAAGGUAUUGCUAAACUGGAGUUCACUGAUAGCCUGGAUAUUACUGCCAUGUUCAGUUCUGAAGGAGAAAAGGUUAGUUUAUCUCAGACUAUAUCAACAGCUGCUGCCAGAGGAGCAGUUGAGAAGUGGUUGCUCCAGGUCCAAGAUAUCAUGAUACUCAGCGUUGGAGAUGUACUAGAAAUGGCCAAAAAUGCUUAUGCUGAGAAUCCUCGUAAUAAGUGGGUCUGUGAGUGGCCUGGUCAAGUAGUGAUAUGUGUAUCACAGAUAUUCUGGACACUAGAGGUUCACGAGGCAAUACGCAACGGACCGCAGGGAGUGAAAGAGUAUCACACCAAACUAACCAAACAACUGGAGGGUAUUGUUGAAAUGGUACGUGGUAAGCUACCCAAGCAGACCCGAACUACACUAGGAGCGUUAGUAGUAAUGGAUGUACAUGCAAGAGAUGUAGUACUGGAACUAGUGGAGAAAGGUGUUACUAGUGAGAAUGAUUUCCAGUGGUUGUGUCAGUUGCGUUAUUAUUGGGAGGAGACUUGUGUAAUGGCUAGAAUCAUUAAUGCAACUGUUAAAUAUCACUGUGAAUAUCUUGGGAACUCUGGAAGAUUGGUCAUUACUCCAUUGACUGACAGGUGCUAUCGUACUCUUGUUAGUGCCUUCCAUCUUCAUUUAGGAGGAGCACCAGAAGGACCCGCUGGGACUGGGAAAACAGAAACAGUCAAAGAUUUAGCUAAAGCAUUAGCUGUUCAGUGUGUAGUGUUCAAUUGUUCUGAUGGAUUGGAUUAUCUUGCUAUGGGGAAAUUCUUUAAAGGUUUAGCCUCCACUGGUGCAUGGGCUUGCUUUGAUGAGUUCAAUCGCAUUGAGCUUGAAGUAUUAUCAGUAAUAGCACAACAGAUAUUGACUAUACAGAGGGCAGUCAUUGCUCAAGUGUCAACUUUUAUAUUUGAAGGUACCCAAUUGAACAUCAAUCCGUCUUGUUUUGUGUGCGUGACAAUGAAUCCUGGCUAUGCUGGAAGAUCAGAGCUACCUGACAAUCUUAAAGUGUUAUUCCGUACAGUGGCUAUGAUGGUACCUGAUUAUGCUAUGAUUGGAGAGAUCAUGUUGUAUUCGUACGGUUUUGUUGAUGCCAGGAAUUUAGCCGUUAAAAUAGUAACCACAUAUCGUCUAUGCUCUGAACAGUUGUCUAGUCAGUUUCAUUAUGAUUAUGGUAUGAGAGCUGUUAAGGCUGUUCUAGCCGCUGCUGGUAAUCUCAAAUUGAAGUUUCCUGAUGAAAACGAAGACAUCUUAUUGCUUCGUUCAAUAAUGGACGUCAACUUACCCAAAUUCUUAUCUCAUGACAUCCCAUUAUUUGAGGGUAUCAUCUCUGACCUCUUCCCUGGCAUAACACUACCCAAACCAGACUAUGCUGAGUUUGUUGGUGCUGCUACUGAUAUAUGCGAGAAAUCUAAUCUCCAAGUGACCGAGUUCUUUGUACAGAAACUCAUACAAACCUACGAAAUGAUGAUAGUCCGUCAUGGAUUCAUGUUGGUAGGGGCUCCAUUUGCAGCAAAGACUAAAGUGAUAGAUGUGCUAGCAGACACACUGACCCUCUUGAAUGAGAGGGAGCAAAUGGAGGAAUACAAGACAAUGUAUCGUGUCAUUAAUCCCAAGAGUAUCACCAUGGGACAGCUCUUUGGGCAGUUUGAUCCAAUUUCACACGAAUGGACUGAUGGGGUGGUAGCUAAUACCUUUAGGGAGUUUGCUUCAGCACAGAAUGAUGAUCGUAAGUGGGUGGUGUUUGAUGGUCCAGUGGACACACUGUGGAUUGAGUCAAUGAACACUGUACUGGAUGAUAAUAAGAAACUCUGUCUCAUGAGUGGAGAGAUCAUACAAAUGUCUCCAUCGAUGAACCUCAUCUUUGAAACUGAUGAUCUAUCACAAGCUUCACCUGCUACUGUUAGUAGAUGUGGUAUGAUAUACUUGGAACCAACCACAUUCGGUUGGAGACCUAUUUACACAUCAUGGUUUGCAGCAUUGUCUCCAGUAUUAAGAGAGCAGAAUGGUGAAUUGAUUCACAGUCUAGUUGACUGGAUGGUACCUCCUUGUCUCAUUUUUGUACACAAACAAGUCAAAGAACUAGUCAGUACUUCGGACAGUAACCUCACUCGUUCCCUCAUGUACUUGUUCCAGAUGUUAAUGGAGGACAUUUGUGAAGACGAAGCUGCAACUAAAGACAAGAACAUGCGUUCUUGGAUCAUUUCAGAAUUCUUAUUCUCCGUGAUCUGGUCCCUAGGGGCAACCGGUGACAAGUCCAGUCAACAAAAAUUUGACACCUUUUUCCGCGAGUUGAUGAGCGACAAAAUGGAGGAACAUCCCAUGCCGGCAUCCGUGGGUAAAAUAGAGUGUCCGCUCCCUCCAGAAGGAACUGUCUAUGAUUACGUGUUUGAGGCUAAAGGCCGUGGUAAAUGGACACCAUGGUUGGACAUGGUGAGGGAUCAGUCGAUUGAUCCUAACAUUAGCAAGCUAGCUGAUAUUAUAGUACCCACUGCUUAUACUGCUAGGUGUACUUACCUAAUGAAUAUAAUGGUCCAGCAUGGGAGGGCAUUGUUGUUUGUCGGUCCAACUGGUACUGGUAAAACAGCAUAUGUGAAGGAUAACCUAAUGAACAGGCUGGACAAGGACAAGUUUGUACCACUCAUAGUCAAUUUCUCUGCUCAAACUUCAGCUGGACAAACACAGGAUAUCAUAAUGUCAAAGCUAGACAAGAGGCGUAAAGGAGUGUUUGGUCCUCCAAUGGGAAAGAAAAGUGUCAUAUUUGUUGAUGACUUGAAUAUGCCAGCAAGAGAGAAGUAUGGAGCCCAACCACCAAUCGAACUACUGAGACAAUUCAUGGACCAUGGAAUGUGGUACGAUAAGAAGGAUGUAUCUAAGAUAUCUCUGAUUGAUAUUCAGUUUUUAGCUGCUAUGGGUCCUCCAGGUGGUGGGCGGAAUCCAAUCACUCCUCGUUUCCUCCGUCACUUUAACGUCAUUGCAGUCAACGAGUUCACAGACGAGACCAUGACUAGAAUAUUCUCAACGAUAUUCUCCUUCAGUUUGAAAAAGAACAACUUUGCUACAGAGUACUUUACCUGUGCCUCACAGAUUGUGGCAGCCACCAUGGAAGUGUACAAAGAGACAAUGUCGAACUUACUGCCUACGCCAGCAAAAUCCCAUUACACUUUUAAUUUGAGAGACUUUGCACGCGUUAUAUUGGGAGUGUUGCUCAUCAAGCCUCAGUGUGUGGAGAAUAAGAGAACAUUUACUAAACUCUGGGUCCAUGAGGUGUACCGAGUGUAUUAUGAUAGACUGAUUGAUGAUACUGACAGACACUGGCUCUAUGAACUACUAAAGAAGAUGGUAAAGAAUCAUUUCAAGGAGGAUUUUGGUACUGUUUUUAAGCACCUUUCCUCCUCCAGUGGAGGUGGAGUCACUGAUGAUGACAUGAGGAGUUUGUUAUUUGGCGAUUACAUGAAACCUGAUGCUGAAGAAAAGUUGUAUGAGGAGGUUACAUCAAUCACUGAAUUGACUGAAGUGGUUGAAGCUGCUCUUGAAGAAUACAACAACACACACAAGAACAGAAUGAACCUUGUCAUAUUUAGAUAUUUAUUGGAGCAUUUAUCAAGGAUAUGUCGUAUAUUGAAGCAGUCCGGUGGCAAUGCACUCCUGGUUGGUGUGGGGGGCAGUGGACGACAGUCCCUCACUAGACUGGCCACUUCAAUGGCCGACUUUGUCCUCUUCCAACCAGAGAUAUCCAAAAGCUAUGGGAUACCAGAAUGGAAAGAAGACUUGAAGGCUUUACUGAUGAGUGCAGGGAAGGAGGGGAAGACCACUGUGUUCCUAAUCACUGACACACAGAUAAAGGACGAGAAGUUUCUAGAAGAUGUAGACGGGUUGCUCAAUGCUGGGGAAGUCCCUAACUUGUUUGCUAUUGAUGAAAAACAAGAAAUUAUUGAAGCUAUGAGGCCACUAGCACAGGCUGAUAAUAAAGACAUGGAGUUUACUCCUCUCUCUCUAUUCAAUUUCUUUGUUAGUCGCUGUCGUGAGAAUCUUCACGUCAUACUUGCAAUGAGUCCAAUUGGUGAUGCAUUCAGGAAUAGACUGAGGAAAUUCCCUUCACUCAUCAACUGCUGUACUAUUGACUGGUUCCAGGCCUGGCCUGAUGAUGCACUGGAGCUAGUAGCUAACAAGUUUCUGGAGGAUGUACACAUGGAGGAUGAAGAGAAAGCAGCUACUGUAUCACUUUGUAAGCACUUCCAUCAAAGCACCAGAGAGCUAUCUGAGAAGUUUGAGGCAGAGUUGGGUAGAUAUAAUUACGUGACUCCGACGUCUUAUCUUGAGCUCAUUUCAUCACUGAAACUGCUACUGGGAAAGAAAAGAGGAGAAAUACUCAAAUUUAAGAAACGCUACGAAGUCGGUCUUGAGAAACUAGCCUUUGCAGCAUCACAGGUAGCAUCAAUGCAGAAGGAACUGGAAGAGCUACAGCCAAAGCUAGUGGUAGCUCAAGAAGAGAACAAACAGAUGAUGGUAGUCAUAGAGAGAGAGUCAACUGAAGUUGAAGCUCGAAGUAAAAUAGUCCGAGCUGAUGAGAAAGUCGCUAAUGAGAAGGCAGCUGAGGCCAAAGCACUGAAAGAUGAAUGUGAGAGUGAUUUAGCAGAAGCAAUUCCAGCACUAGAGGCAGCACUGACUGCUCUCAAUACACUCAAACCUGCUGACAUUACUAUAGUGAAGUCAAUGAGUAACCCACCAUCAGGAGUUAGGCUAGUGAUGAGUGCCGUAUGUGUAAUGAGAGCCAUCAAACCUGAUAAAGUUAAUGACCCUGCUGGAACUGGACAAAAAAUAUUGGAUUACUGGGGCCCAUCAAAGAAGCUCUUAGGUGACAUGAGUUUCCUGAGCAGUCUAAAAGAAUAUGACAAAGACAACAUACCACCUCAAAUAAUGUCGAAGAUAAGAUCAGAGUAUAUAACCAAUCCAGAAUUUGAUCCACAGAAAGUCCGCAACGCCUCGUCUGCAGCAGAAGGACUCUGCAAGUGGAUACUAGCCAUGGAGAUAUACGAUAGAGUAGCUAAAGUGGUCGCUCCAAAGAAAGAGAAGCUAAAGGAGGCCCAGCAAUCACUAACGGAAACGAUGGCCAUUCUAGACGAAAAGAGAAGAGAGCUGAAAGAGGUUGAGGACCGUCUUGCUCUCCUCAAGCAGCAGUUUGAAGAAAAGACCAAAGAGAAGGAGCAACUAGAGCAACAGGUUGACCUCUGUGCUAAGAAACUGGACAGGGCUGAGAAGCUGAUUGGAGGACUGGGAGGAGAGAAGGAGAGAUGGUCUCAGGCAGCUAAGAGUCUUCAAGAGACUUAUGAUAAUCUGACUGGUGAUGUACUAAUAGCAUCAGGUGUCAUUGCUUACCUUGGAGCAUUCACCUCCAACUAUAGGACAGACUGUGUGAAGGGAUGGGUUGCCAAAUGCAAGCAAUACAAGGUACUGUGUAGUCAGGAAUUUAGUCUAAGUAAGACACUAGGUGACCCUGUGAAGAUCAGGGAUUGGAAUAUUGCUGGACUACCAACUGAUAGUUUCUCUAUUGAUAAUGGAGUCAUUGUUGACAACACCAGGAGAUGGCCACUAAUGAUUGAUCCACAGGGUCAGGCAAACAAGUGGAUAAAGAACUCAGAAAAAGUCAAUAAGUUACAAGUCGUCAAACUAACUCAACCGGAUUAUGUGCGUACACUUGAGAACAGCAUACAGUUUGGUACUCCUGUACUGGUUGAGAAUGUAGGAGAGGAGCUGGAUCCUUCACUAGAGCCACUGCUACUGAAACAAACCUUCAAACAAGGUGGAGUGUGGUGCAUUAAACUCGGUGAUAAUACCAUAGAGUACUCCAGUGACUUUAGGCUGUACUUCACCACGAAGCUACGUAAUCCUCACUACCUUCCCGAGCUAUCAACCAAAGUAACACUCCUCAACUUUAUGAUAACACCAGAGGGACUGGAGGACCAGCUAUUAGGCAUUGUAGUAGCCAAGGAAAGGCCUGAGCUUGAAGAAGAGAGACAGCAACUGAUCAUACAGUCUGCUGCCAACAAGAAGCAACUCAAAGAGAUUGAGGACAAAAUCCUAGAGACUCUCUCGUCCUCCGAGGGGAACAUCCUUGAAGAUGAGACUGCCAUUCAGAUAUUAGACUCAUCAAAGGUUCUAUCAAAUGAGAUAUCAAAGAAACAAAAAGUUGCCGAAGAGACAGAGAAGAAGAUAGAGCAGUCACGUGCUGGUUAUAGGCCAAUAGCAGCACAUGGCUCAGUACUGUUCUUCUCUAUUACUGACCUACCUAACAUUGAUCCUAUGUAUCAGUACUCACUUGUCUGGUAUGUCAAUUUAUUUAUAAUUUCGAUUAAUGACAGUACAAAAUCCAAGCAACUUGAGAGGAGGCUGAGAUAUUUGACAGAUCAUUUUACUUACAAUUUGUACUGCAAUGUCUGUCGGUCGCUGUUUGAGAAGGACAAGCUUCUCUUCUCCUUCAUUCUCUGUUGCAACCUCCUCAUGGCUAAGAAUGAAAUGGAUAUGGGAGAAUUUAUGUUUUUCUUGACUGGAGGAGUUGGACUUGAAAAUAAGCUAAAGAACCCAGCACCACAGUGGCUCUCUGAUAGAUCAUGGGACGAAAUAUGCAGAAUGUCUGAAAUGAAAUCAUUCUCAGGUUUCCUUGGUAAGUUCACAGGAUCACUUACUGACUGGAGGAACUACUAUGAUGAUAAGGAGCCUCAUUUGGCACCACUGCCAUCUCCUUGGAACGGUAAACUGAACGAAUUCCAGAAAUUGAUUGUACUUCGAUGUCUCAGACCUGAUAAAGUUAUACCUUCUCUGGUGUUAUUUGUUAAAUCCAAGCUUGGUGAGAAGUUUGUUGAGCCUCCUCCUUUUGAUCUAGCUAAGAGUUACGCUGACUCUAACUGCUCCAUUCCAUUGAUAUUUGUCCUCUCGCCUGGCGCUGAUCCCAUGGCUGGACUGCUUAAGUUUGCAGAAGACAAGGGAUUCACUGGAGAAAAGUUUAACUCCAUUUCAUUAGGACAAGGACAAGGUCCAGUAGCAGCCAAGAUGAUUGAGACAGGCAUUAGCGAAGGUACUUGGGUUGUACUGCAGAAUUGUCAUCUUGCCGUCUCUUGGAUGCCUGCACUGGAGAAAAUCUGUGAAGAAUUCCAAGCAGAUAAGAUGGGAUCGUCUGAAUUUAGACUAUGGCUGACUUCUUAUCCUUCAGACAAGUUCCCAGUAUCAGUGCUGCAGAACGGAGUCAAGAUGACCAACGAGCCUCCAACAGGACUGAGACAAAACUUGUUGCAAUCUUAUAUCACUGAUCCCAUCUCUGACACCGAAUUCUUCGAAGGAUGCGGCGAAAAAUCACACAUUUGGGAGAAGUUACUGUUUGGUUUGUGUUUCUUUCAUGCUCUCGUCCAAGAGAGGAGGAAAUUUGGUCCUCUUGGCUGGAAUAUACCGUACGGUUUUAAUGAAUCUGAUCUGAGAAUCAGUGUCAGACAACUACAGAUGUUUAUCAACGAGUAUGAUUACAUACCAUUUGAUGCUAUAACCUAUCUCACUGGUCAAUGCAACUAUGGAGGAAGAGUCACUGAUGAUUGGGACAGGCGAUGUCUUAUGAAUAUUCUGUCUAAUUUCUACACUACUGACAUUGUCAAUGAUCAGCGAUACAAGUUCUCUCCCAGUGGAGUGUAUUAUGCACCUCCUAAAGGAUCCUAUGAAGAUUAUGUAGAGUUUAUUAAGGAACUGCCCAUGACACAGAACCCAGAGAUAUUUGGGAUGCACGACAAUGUAGACAUCUCACGUGAGCUACAGGAAACAAGACAGUUGUUUGAUUCAGUGUUGUUAACUCAGUCACAGAAAAGAGGAGGAGGAGGUGGAAAGACAGAAGAUGUAUUGGAUGAAAUAGCAGCAGAUAUACUAAAUAAGCUUCCAAGAGUAUUUGAUUUAGAGGUUGCUAUAUUAAAGUACCCAGUCUGCUAUGAGGAGAGCAUGAAUACAGUACUGGUACAGGAAAUGGAGAGAUUUAAUCGUCUCACGUCAGCCAUCACUUCUUCUCUCUCUAACUUACGCAAGGCAAUCAAAGGUCUGGUGGUAAUGAAUGCCGACCUUGAAGCAUUGGCACAAAGCUUACUAAUAGGAAAGGUGCCUGAGUUUUGGGCUAAAAGGUCAUACCCUAGUCUCAAACCACUUGGUAGCUACAUCAGUGAUCUGCUGGCAAGACUCAAGUUCCUGCAGGAUUGGAUGGAAAGUGGGAAACCUCCUGUAUUCUGGAUAUCAGGGUUUUACUUCACCCAAGCAUUCUUGACUGGUGCUCUGCAGAACUAUGCCAGGAAAUAUGUAAUCCCAAUUGACAAACUGUCCUUUGAUUUUGAAGUAAUACCAGUGGAUAGUAAAGACACUCCUCCAGAGGAUGGAGUAUAUGUUCAUGGACUCUACUUGGAUGGUGCUAGAUGGGACAGAGAGAGAGGCUUGUUGGCUGAGCAGCAUCCUAAAGUAUUGUAUGAUCCAGUGCCAAUCAUAUGGAUGAAACCAAGUAAGAAGGCAGAUAUAAAGGAGAGGGGAGCAUACUUGUGUCCACUGUACAAGACAAGUGCACGUCGUGGUGUCCUCUCUACCACUGGUCAUUCCACCAACUAUGUACUCCCAAUCAGUUUGAAUACUGAUAAACCAGUCAAGCAAUGGAUACUGAGAGGCGUUGCUUUACUUUGUCAGUUGGAUGACUGAUCUUCCUAUGUUUCGAAACUUUAUCACUUACUAAUUACAAUUAUUAAUUAAUAAACAGAUAAUACAUUAUUUUAGUAGCUACAGGUGUAUAGCCAAAUCACUUUAUUAAAAUAAUAUUAAAAUUA